AUGGCGUUGUUUAAAGAUGAAGUUGAUUGUCAUACUAGGAGAUUGUUUGACACAAUUGAUGUAAGUGUUCAUAAUGUUUAUGAAGAAAUUCAAAAGCAUAUAAAAGGGGAUGAAAUCUGGGCAAUGGAACAUGUUUUAUUUGGUCAGAAGAAGUUGGUUAAAACAAAUAGUUGUUUACCUAGAAUCCUUCAUUGGAUACAUGUUAAAGUUGGUGAAGCAGAAAUUGAGAAAGCCUUCCUGUGUAAUGAAGUGAUUACCGAGGUAUAUGUAAGCAAUGAAGAGAUGUGUACUGAAAUAGUCAAAGAAGGCUUAGAUGGUCAUCAUAAUGCUGGAUUGAAGGAGAACUUGCAAAGGCGAUCUAUGGCUGAUAUUGUGGCAGAAAAUGAAGCUUUGGUUGCUAUCAUUGUUGACCAAGAGGCAUCCAUUGGCAAGCUGGAGAAAAUGGUUGACAACCUGUCAAUGUUUGUUGCACAAAAGCGGCAACAUGUUGAUGAUGUUACGAAUUCAAAUUCGAAUAAAAAGUGUGACAUGUUAGUUCAUGAAUUUGGGACCAGUAGUUCACAGGAACAUUAUGAGGUAGUAGUAUCAUCUAUUGGGAAGUCAAAUUCAAAGAAAGAGUCAGAGAUUGAAGGUGAUCGUGUGGAGAAGUCCAAUUCUGAGAAUGUUUUUGAUGUUACACCUGCUGUUGGAAAAAGUUUCAAUGAAAAUGGUGGUGAUGUUUUAGGUCAUGCAGAGAUGGAUAUUGAAAAAUCUGACAUGUACACGCGUUUAAAAGCUCAACCUAGGAAGCGUGUUAGAAGUGUUCUUCUGAAAACCCCUUGGACAAGAUUAGAUAGGACAAAUCAUAGGCGCAUUGUAUAG